CGCAGUUUCGGUCGCAGAAUCGCGCCAGCAGCCAUUAGGUGGCAGCCGCCGCGGUUGUACAGCAUACUCACCGCCGCACACCGCAGAACCAGGUGCACCCACAGUCAGCCUUUGCAACAGCGAACGUCUUACACCAAUAGAAGUGAGGCUGGCGGCUGGACGAACGAUGUCGUCGGCCUCUGCAGCGGCGGAGACGUCCGACUCGGAGGAGGCAGAGAUCGUGGAGGAGGAGGUGGGGGAGGAGAGCGACGGCGACGGCGGUGGGCCGGCGAGGGCGGAGGGGGGACCCGACGCGAGUGCUGACGUCAGCAGCAGCAGGCCGAUGGAGGUCGCGCCGUCACAGCCCGGCUGGGCCGCUGUGGUGUGGCGGGUGUCUGGGGAGGCGCUAUGGGAGGUGGCGGUACGGAUGCGCUGCCUAAUGCUGGGCUUGAUCCAGCUGGUGCGGCCAUCCCGCCUGCUGCACACUGCAUACCGCAGGCUCGAGUCGGCAGCCGCUGCGCUGCGGCCAUCUGACGGGCGGCGCGGGAAGCUGCUGGCGUGGCUGCGCGCGGCGUCGGGCCGCGAUGUUCCAAGUGUGGCCGCGGCGUGGCGCGACGGGCGGCUGCUUUGCGCCGUCGUACGGUCAGCGGUCCCGGGUUCGUGCCCCGCGCCCGAAGACUCGCAGCUGCACGCCGGCCUCAGCCACGGGCAGGCGCUCGCCCACAAGUUCCUGCGUGUGCCGCCGGCGUUCUCGGACGAGGAGUGCUCCGGGCAGCCGCUACUGACGCGCGCCCUAGAACGGCGACUGCUCUCCUACUUGCUGGCCGUGCAGAGGGCGUGCAGCCGCAUGGCGCUGAGCGCGGGCGGCGCUGGCCUGCCGCCGGAGGCGGCGUCUGGGGGCGGCGUUGGAUCCGGGGGCGGCGACGGAGGCGGAGGCGGCGCCAGUGCGGGCCCGUGCGUUGUGGCUCGCGGCAUGGGGCUCGUGCUGGCCGUGCAGAACCGGAGAGCCUUCUUCUACGUCUACCUGCUGCGCCCACAGCAAGGCGCCAGUGAUGGGGAAGAGAGCGACAGCGACGGCGGAGGCGGCUUCCACGUCCACAUCGUGGGGCCCGGGGGCGACUUCGGCUCUGCCGUCAUCCCGACCAGCGGCAUCACGCCCGCGCUCGUCGUCACAGACGUCGACGCCGACGGCUCCGAGGUGCAUGCCUCAGCCGCUCCUCGAGGGUACACACAGCAGCAGCGGGCGCCGACCAGGUCACGAAGGGGCCUGCGGAGGCGGGGCGCCGCCCCCAGGACCAGCGUGUCGCUGCCCGGCUGGCCGCCGCGACGCCCCCACGCCGCAACCACCGCCCCCGCCGCCCCCGGGCAGGCCAUCCAGCUGGACUACCGACCGGUGCCCGCGACCGCCUCCAGCCCCGCCGCCGCAGUCUGCGUCAGUUACACGCCACGCAGCCCCGGACCGCACCAGCUGUCGGUGAUCUGGCGCGGCCGCCAUGUCCCCGGCUCGCCGUUCCGCGUCUCGGUGGACGAGAGCGACGGCCGCAGCACGCCCCCGGCGGAGGCGCCGCGGCGCCUGGGGGCCGACGCCGCCGCCGACGCCGCCCCCGCCCUCGCCCGCCAGCGGCGGGUGCUGCUGCGCGUCGUCGAUUUCGUGACCGACAAGAAGGUCCUGCUGGAGGACGGCCGCUUCGCGGAGAUGACGCCGGCCCAGCAGCGCCUGCUCUGGAGGUCCAACACGGAGGACCCCGGCAGGUCUUCGGCCGUGCUGCGCCGCCUGCUGACCGAAGCCAACGAGGAACGCUCGCUGUUGGACGAGGUCUGCGACACGGACACCGAGCUGGGGGGCCCCAGUUCGAGCCCCAGCCAGGACUCCGGGGACGCCGGCAGCGAGGCGGACGCCAGGUCGGUGGAGGGGGACCGGCCCAGGAGGCUGCGGCGAUCCGUCAACAUCCAGGAGAGCGCCUGCGACUCCGAGGACCAAGGCGAGCACCAGGUGGAGGAGGAGGUGUGCGGGCUGCAGCGGCAGCGCUACCGUCGCAUCCUGGGCCUGUGCAGCCUGCUGCUGCGCCAGCAGGAGCCCCGCCGCCAGAGCCUCGAGAUCCUGUCCGCCGCCGAGCACCUCCUCAACGGUCGGCCCGUCCGCAUCAGCAACGACACGGACCGCCUCGUGCGCUCCGCUAUCUGCACCCUCAAGGCUGGCGUCCCGGCCGAUGAAGACAGGCGUCCGUCUUCGGCACCAUCCAGCGUCCGCUACGGCAUCGAAAGCUGCCCAGGCGACGCCUCUGGGCUGAACGCUAUAUCCGAGCUGGAGGACGCAGAGCCCAACGAAGGGCUGGCUGGCAAGGGCAGAACGUAUUUCGCCCGCAGCCGCUGCAAGGAUAGAACAGCCCUCCCUAGGGAAGGAGACCAGGCCCUGCAGUCUGGAGAAGGCACUGCUGAAGGGCCAGCCUCCAACAGUGAGGAACAAGGAAAGCAGAUGGAAGACCAUGUGAGGGACUUACUAGGUGUGAAAGGAGGAGUUGGUGAAGAAUGUAGUGCCCAGAAGCAUGAUAUACCUGGUGUUGACCCCAAAACUGCCUCACUCGGGGCUGAAUGGAGUACUGACAGCGUUCCAGAGGCCAAAAUCAGUGUUGCGUCCAAGAGUUACAGAAGUGGGCACAGCAGUCUAACAGGUAAUGAUGUCGUCCAGAAAGAGGUACAAGGGUAUAGCCCACCCACGGAGCCCACUGGUCCAUUUUCAUACCAGUAUGUUGGGAACAGAGCUGUUACACAGCACCUUCAGAUGGAGACCACAAUCCCAGUUCCGGUCACGAACAACGAAUCAGCAGCGACUGAUAAGCCUGCCAGAUGUAGAAGCCUACGAAACUUGUCCCCUGCAGACACUUCUCAACCAGAAAACCAAAAGGUCCCUCUAGAGCAAAAACCAGAUCUGCUGACGCCCACAGAAGAAAAAAGUGAAGAAACUGACGUCGUCCCCGGUAUUGUACGAGAUAGAAUUGCUGUGUUUGAAAAACAACCACCACUCUCAUCAGAAGAAGUGCCAACCACGAAGAAGAUCCAUUUAUGCGUCCAUUACAUCAAGCCAGAUGAACAUACAGCCAAAAAUGGAGUAGAACCUUACAACAACUUGUCGUCCUGUAGGCCUGAUUCUCCCUGCACCUUCUUGACUACCGAGGACAGUAUUGAAGAUGAACCUGAGAAAGUGUCAGAACAACUGGACAGCGCCCACAGUGACAGAACAUUGCUGGACAAAACACGUAGAGAGAACAUUCCACAGUUCUGCCAAGACACAGCCAAGAGUAGCUCUUUGUUGACAGAAUUUUCACAACGAUCUGAUACCGAGUACAACAGCUCUUUACCCAACGAUAAACAGGGUCAAAAUACUGUCCAUCCUGUAACGCCACAGUCAACAGAAGGGUUACAACUAUCAAUUAACACAGACGACAGACGAGACCUAUCAACUAUGAGUCUAGGGAAAGACAGUGUUGUGGGAGACACAUACCGACCAGAGCUCCACCACAGUGGUUCUCUGUCACAAAUAGACGAGGAGAAGCUUGUUGACGAAGUUUUCAGGAUCUUCUCGGAAGAUUCAGUGGAAUCCCUCGAUGACUUUAUAUCUUAUUCACAACUGGGAAGUCAUGGCACUGCAGAACAACCUGAUCAUUCAGACAUUCUUGCGAGUCUUCCACUUGAUGAACACUCUGGUAUGGCAGACCUCACAUCCACUAUCCCCCAGUAUGUUUCACUGGAUGUACAAGCGUCCAAAAUUACACUGGAGUCUCAAAAGCAGUCCAGCGAUUGGGACAAAACUGCACCUGGCACAUCUUUGGGUUCGAGUGUCAGCAAAGACGUAGCACAUCAGUUCCAAACGAAAAUGGCAGGGAAUGGCUCUGGAGACCUCCAUCCCGAUGUUCACCAGCUUGUUUCGCUCGACACAGUAUCAGGGUCCCAAAAUCUGUCCGGUGAGCCAGGGUCAAGUGGUAGCAGAAAUAUCGCAUCUCAGAAUCCAGUGAGACUGGAAGAUGAAGUACAGUCCUCCAGCGUACAGGACUCGGAGAUCAAGAACCCAGAUGAGGAGCCACGUGUAGAAGUUCUGACAGAAGACGACAUCGAUCUGAUUUACCAGUCGUCUGUUCUGACGGACACGGUUGUACAGACGAGUGCUGAUGAGCUGUUCGAGGAGCUGUACGAAAGCCUCCAUACUGAAGACGAAGCAGAAUCUAUAGAGCAGUUGAAUGAAAGCAGGAAGUCGUCGCGAACUGCACCCGUCAACGAGUCGCUGCCUCAAACUGUCACCUCCUCAUUUGAGUGUGGUCCAUCGCAGGCUGACAUGGAACCGACAGCACUAAAUGAAUUCUGUAAUGAUGACAAUGCGUCUGGUUCACCCCAUUUGCAAGAAGCACGCCUGAGAAGCACAGAAACUAAGGAUGAUAUAGAAGAAAAUAAUACUGCACAUGAGACAAGCAGUAAUGAGGAGACGGAGAUUGGACGACAAUGUUUGGAUGCAUUUAUGACGACAGGUGUAGAGGACCAAAAAGGUGAACAUCAUAAGCAAAUUACUGUACUGGUGCCUGUCUCUAAGCCGAAUGGGGAAUCUCAAUCACAUCCAUCACCUCUGUUAAACGUCGAAUGUGGUGAUGAGAGCACCCAUGAAAAAAAUUCUGAGAGGGAAAGUGAUCCAAGUUGCGAGAUGGAAGCAUUGGGGGAUAAACUGUCUAUAUCCAGUGAUCAGAGAGACCACAUGAAUGGCUCCUGUAAGGAUGAUAUGACGAUGGGAAGCAUACUGAAGUUUCAUGACACUGUUAAAACGCAGGCAGAUGUUCAAGGAAGUGAAGCAGAUAAUGAAGUAGAAGUAUCUGGGUUACUUGGUACAGCAGAAAGAGUAGAUUUAGUAUUUAGUGCUUCAGUGUCAGAUCCAUUUGAGCCAUCUACUGAGAUGAAGAGAGAAGAAAGUUAUAUAAAUAGUCAACAAAAUUGUCCUCAUAGUCAGGGCUACGUUUUCAGUCCCAAUUUUGCGUGUACUGGAGCAGAAAAGAAGUCAUCACAACCUGAAGACAGAGACGUAUACUGUAAGGAUACAUUGGGGCUUGCUGAUGAAUCUCCCUAUAGUGGAGAAAUCGGAAAUAAUGAGGCCGUCUCAAAGGUUGUAGAAGAGGUGCCAGAAUGCUAUAGUCACGGGAAGAUCGAGAGCUCUGGAGAAAUGGUAACGGAUAAAGUAAUGACUAUUGCAGGUUCUGUAGGCGAAACUAUAGAAUCAGAAGCCUCGUCAGUAACUACUGAUAUUGUUCGAGAAACAGGUGGAGAACAGUCUCUUGCUGGAAACAUGAACGAAGACAAUGUGGGAGAUGAUGCGGACUUGUCUCCAGGAACUGCAAUGUGUGAAUAUCCAGCAGCUCAAGUUCCAAAAGACUACGUGGUCGAACGGAAGGCGGGAGAAGAAAGUGAGCAAGAGGCAGCUGGAAGAUCAGAUGACGUGCGUCUAGAAUUCGGACACGUGGAAAGGCAUAGUGAAGAAUCGACAUGUACUGAAUCAGUUUCUAAAGCAACAAUUGAUGACAAAACAACAAUGCUCGAAUUAUCAUCUGACCAGGCUGCCCAGGCUACGAGUACAACGAGUAAUAGGGUUGUAGACGAAGUGGAAGUACACAGCAGUAAAAUGGAGAGGCCAGAAUCACCAUGUGAUCAGUUUAUUCAGACGAAUGUAAGUGAUGCAGAUGUUGGUGAUACUAUCGCAGAAAAACAGCACGAAGAACCGACAUCAGAUGACACUCUAACUGCUCAGGUAACAACGUCUGAUGUAUUGAUGGAUGAGCUUACCACAGAAAGUCCCAGCGAACAGGCUGAAACAUUGUCCAGUGGAGAUUUCCAGUCUUUCGUGGCACGCCCUGUCAGCUCUGCCUGCAACAACAAUGCUGUUGUACUACCCUCCAAACUUGAGACACGGAAUGGGGAGUACAGCAGUGCCUCGCAUGAAAAUAACGAAACGUGUGGAGUGUUAAUCGAUUUUGACGUUAAUACCAGUGAGAGCCAAGACAAUUCCUUAUGUCAGAGCCAAAACUACGGGCCCAAAGACUCCUUUGAAAAUAGCGUCCCUUUUCUGGUAAGUGAAGAAAACGAAAACAAUGCCAGCGGAGGUGCGUCCGAUGACAUCCUGAACUUCACAUUACCUGCAGGAAGCUUGAUGCAGCCUAGCACUAACUUCUUCGAUAGCCAGUUCGACCACUUUCUAGCUGAAAAAGUGGUGGAACAUUCAGGAACCAACGAAGAUCUGCUACUGUCAAGACGAGAUGAUAAACUAAUGACAUGUUCUGAAUCAGUUGCACCAGAGGCCCCGCAUGUUGAUGACAUAAAAACAGAUGGUGGAAUUCCUGACAAUGGCGAAGACAAAGAACGUUCCACUAAACAAAGCGUUGAACUUACUGGUAGCUACAGUGGUUCCUCUGAAAUUGCUGCAGAAAGAGAGCAGCCUCUGAUAUUGGCAUGUAGUUCUCAGGAGGCAAAGUUAAAGGAAGAUAAAAUACGCACUGGGGAAUCAGAAGUAACGACUGAUAUGGAUCAAAAGCAUGAUAGCAUGUUAAAACAGAACGUUAUACCAGCUCUUGAGCAACAGGGCAACGCUGAAGAUGGUAAUCCACAUGAAGUACCUCCAGUUCUACAAACUGAAGAGAAAGAAGAAACCGAAAGUAAGCAAGUUCAGGUUUCGAGAGACACUCAAUACUCGUCUCAGAAAGGUAUAGGCGUGAAUGAAUUGUCCAGUGAAGAAGUAAAUGAUCAACAGGAGGGCGAGAAACAGACAACAGAAAAAGAAUUGGCUCAGAAGGAAAUAGAUGAAAAAGAGGUAGUGGAAGAGGAGACCACACCCGAUGUAACGGCUGAAACAGGAAUAGAGAAUGUAAAUAUGGAAGAGCAAAAAGUAAUUGUCAAUGAGAAACAGAUGGGAAAUAUAGAAAUGGAGGUAGUAGAAAAGGCUGAGAAAUGUAAGGAGACAGAGCAAUCGGAUAUGGAAGAGUCAGAAAAUAGAAACAAUAAUUCUAAGGGAAUAUAUGAGACCACAGAAAAAGAUCUAGUGGAGAAAGGGAAAAUAGUGACUGAGAAUGACAAGAAGGAAGGUGAGGAAUAUAACAAAAUGGUGACAGAAAAGGUAGAAGAAUUAGAAAAUGGGAAGAAAAAUUCUAAAGGAGAGAAUGAGAUAGAAGAGGAAGAAAUAGUAGAAGAGAAUGAAUUUAAAGGGAAAGGAAGAGUGACAUGUGAGGGAGAUACGUUUGUGACAAAAGAGGUGGAGCAGGCAGAAAAUGAGAACAAGAAUUCUAAAGAUGAGAAUGAGAAUGGAGAAGUAAAGAGAGUGAAAAGUGAGAAAGAGGAGAAGAGGAAGGAGUGGGUGACAAGUGAAGAAAAUAAGCUUGUGAUUGAAGAGAUGGAAGAGGUGGAAAUUGAGGAGAAUAAGUCUGAAGAAGAGAAUGAACUCAGAGAGGUACUGGAAGAAGACAAAGAGAGAAAAGAUGAAGAGUGGAUGACAGGCAAGGAAGAUCAACUGGUGAUUAAAGAGCUUAAAGAGAAUGAGAAAAAAUCUGAGAAAGCUAAUGAGACAGCUGGAAAGGAGAAAGAUGGAGAAGGUGCAGUUUCUGGUGAUAAUCCGCAGUUACCUAAUUCGAUCGAUUCCCAGCCUACACCUAAAUCAUUGCUUCUUGCAGAUGAGGAUGAUGCAGAGUUCCACCUGUGGCCGUCAGAUGUCCCUCUGGGUCCACCAUCAGGUAGGAGUGGCGUCUGCAGUCCUGUCAACGCGUUUGACGACUCAUUGGUUGACUUUGACUCGGUUAUUUCAGCCCCCAGCCUAGAGGAAGCUCUGCGCCAGUUUGAGGAUGGGCUGGAGCGGGCACGUCUCCAAAACGAACGGGCAGCCCAGGAGAACUCCGACAGUACAUCCGGUCAGUACGAUAACACUGGAAGUGCUGCAGGAAGAGCUUCAUCGGAGGACGCAAAUGACUACCAGUCAACACCCGAAGGGCAGUACAACUCAGGUGAGGAACAGAGAGCUGGCGAUACUGGUGACUCUGGCUACAUGAGCACAGACGACUUGCACAAUUCACUGCACCGCAGCCCUGACGUAAGCAGCAUCAGUGGCGUUCCAAGAAACAAAUCGUCUCCACCACAUAAUGGGGUCAAAUCUGACCUGCCAGGGAGGUGCAAGCCCUUCCAGAAGUUCACCAGCGACGACAAGGGACACACUGGAGAAAGUGGCUUCAUGGGGCCAGCUGAGAGGGAAAUCUGGGGCUAUCAGGACGACAGUGAUGAUGAGUCAGAGUGGAGAGAGGGUGAGAGCACGCCUGUUAGGUACUACCCCAGGGUGCUGUCACCGGGACCACCUCCGAUGGGACCAAUUGCUGAGGAGGGAGAAGAUGGACAUGAUGGGAAUAAGACAGUGGUUCCUGCCACAGGAGGACCAUCUGCUGUGAAAGCUGAAGGCUUGCAAGAGGAGAAGAAAGCGAGUCCAUCCAUUACCCAUGCAUCGAAGUCCACUUUCUCAUCCUCGAACAAAAGCCCAGACUCGUUUGACGAUUCGGAUAACAAGAGUUCUGACAACGCGUCUCUAGCUGACAAUGAGAGGUCAGCUACGCCUAGUGACGAUUCUCGUGAUAUGUCGCCCCAGGGGUGUCGAGAUACUGGUGAAGGUGAUCCAUGUACCACGAGUCCCCCAGAAAAAGGUAUUUCCAGCGUUGGCAACUCUGCUGUAGAGUCAGUGAGAAGCCAUCUCGAAAGGGAAUUAAGCGUUCCUAUAAUAGUCAUAGAGGACGCGGACCUCGUAGACAAUCUGUAUACAGCGUUCCCACCACAGAUAGAUCGACAGGUCUUCAGCGAUUCAGAGGUGUCCGGUGAGACACAAGUUAAAACUCGACCACGCAGAAGGAGGCUUAUUUACUACGACGACACUGACUUAGACGUGACGAAGGCUGUGGCUGCGACUGACGCAUCUGGAAAUCCUCGACCUGAGUCACGGACAAAGACAUCUGGCAGGAAGCACGGGAUGAGGUCCAGAGAGGACAAGAGUGGCGCUUGUAGCGACGGGAGCCCCUCCAGCAGCCAAGCGCUGCUGGACACUGAUGGCGACGUGUCAUCGAGCAUUCUGUCAGAGUGCGCAGAUGGGACAUCUCGUUCUAAUGAGAAAUUCAGUGUGACGACGCCUGGCGAUGGGAACUGCAAUCUGGAGUCUGCCAAGCUGGCCAGUUCCAAAGGUAUAGGCAAUGAAACUCCUGCAAAAGUUUUCAAUGAUGAAACUGAGGAAGUACCCAUUGCUACUUCUGGGAAUGAUAUUCAUGAAAGUGUAAUUCCUGUACAAGAUAUUGUAACACAAAAUAAUCUGCUAGUAACUGAGAGCACUCAGUAUCCAGACACUGACGUUGGAGGAAGCCAGAGUUGUGUACACACGGAGGGCAAAGAAGCUGUUAAGGCUGAUAUAUCAGAUGCAUCCAUUCCAGGUGAUGUACCUGUGAAAGGUGAAGACACUACCCCCAUGGUUAGGACUAGCAAUGUGACAAUUUGUGUCAUUGGUGCCACUCCGACACCAGAUAUUUUGGACCUCAAUGGGGAAGCAGAAGUUCGAGCAUCACAGGAUAGCGAGGUCACCAUUCCAGAUUCCAAGGAUGUCGAUGAGAGUAUGGAAACCGCCACUGAGUCUGAACCUGCAGUAAAAAUGGUGGAUACGAAUGAAGGAGAACUGGUACCAAUAUCUGAAGUCAACGAAACGCCAGGAUCAACAGAUGGAGUAAUCACCGGAGGAGGUCAGCACCCAGCAGUGUUAGCUGGUACGGAACUGCCAGCUGACCACAACAGUGUAGCCAGCUGCCUCGCUGCUGUCCCGGUACCCAGCAGGGUACCUCCAUCGGCGGCACAGAAGAGGGUGGCCCAUUGGAAGCAACUGUGGGACGUGCGCUGCAGCUUCCAGAAGAAGAGAGACCGGGACGGCGGAGUCCGGAGGAAGAGGAAGUCCCCAUCAAUUCGCAUCCCAGGCAUCGUGAGCAGGUGGAGGAAGAGCUUUGAGGCCUCGGCUGGAUCAGCCUCUUCAGCAGCCAUUUCAGGCCAGGGUGGGGCCGGAGCGUCCAGCUGCAUCGCUGGCGCCAGCGCCAUGACGCGCGCCAGCCGCAUCCGCCAGUGGCGCCAGUACUGGGACGGGCUGGCCAGCGCAGAGGCUGCCCAAGCUCAGCGCGACGCAGGUGCCACGCGCAAACUGUCCAAGCUGCCGCCGUCGGCUGUUGCACUGUUCGACCGCAGCCAACGGGACGACCUGGGGACUCCAGACGAUUGUGCUCCUUCAGCGCACCAGCAGAGUGACAGCGACCUUCCAGCAGUGUCCAGCUGGAGGUUCCAGUCCCCGACGCCUCCACCGUCCUACCAGGAGUUGGUGCUUUCCGGAGUCAUCAAGCCUCCACAACCUCCGGCACCACGCAAGAAGCACCAUCGGCCACACGUCCAGAGGUCUCCUCCUCUGGUACCUCUGCAUCCCACCCCUGCAAUCCCUAGUAUUGUCGAGCACCCUUCCUCUCACGACCCUCCCACUACUGGCAGGCCACUGCAGGAAACGGCAGCCCUCGAUACAGAAACACUCACCAGUUUCCCAACUAUUGUUUCCUCUGUUGAACAAGAUCCACCUGUAGAAGAUCAAAAAAUGGGCGUGAUAGGUGCAGGUCAGCAGAAGUGCACAGCCUCGGUAGGUAUGGCUCCAGAGCGAGUGAACAGGUACUCCAUCUCAAGCAUCAGCGUCGGUGAGGGGGCCACAGUAAGAGUUGUGCAGUCACCAGAUAACAUACUGACACCGUCACAGGACACGCACGGGAAACCCAUUGUGGAACUCAGAGAAGAGGUUGCGACGCCUGAACCUGAACCCCGUAUCCUAGAUACUAAGAAACCCCAUAUAUCAAGUAGGUAUAUUUCAGCUAUUGGAACCAAGGAAGAGUCCAUAACAAGCACACGUCCAAAGACUUCCAAAGUGGUACAUUUGACUAACAAAAAAAGGGCCCAGUUGGAAGAGGUCGCUGAUGUACCAGUCAAAGAUUUAGUAAGGAAUGUAGGGCCAGUCAAGAACGUUGUUAUCAUACCACGGACGACCAUGGACGAUACCUCUUACACAUCUGUGUACAGUACUGAGAGGGCAAUGUACAGAACUGGCAAGACGGAGAGGGGCGAGGCGAAUGCCAACAGUUUCGGAUCAAAGGUGGACAGCUCUCAAGAUUUAAGCAAGAAACAGGAGCCCAGAAGUGAAACACCUACCAUAAUAGCUCGGGAACACACAGUUGGAGAAGCCUCUGGCAGGUCGGCCUCUGGUGCAGUGGCAGAGGCAGCAGUGACUUCUAGACCGAGUGGUGGUGACCGGCGACAGAAGGAGAAGGACAAGGUGUCCCUGGCGGAGGUCCUUGCCCUGGAGGUGCAGGACUUCGACAGUGAGGACCUGGCCAGCGUCCAGAAGCUCUCUGGGCUGUUUGACGACAAGAAGACCAGGCCGGCCACUCCGUCAAAGACUCAGACGCCUCCGAAGUCGCCCACGAGGAAGCCAGCGGUGCGACCAGCUCCUGUCACUGCCAGCACUGGUGAUUCCAGGGACUCAGAGGUGCAGCAUUUGCCGGAGGUGAAAGUGCCAGUGGUACGGGUAUUGGUGGUGGAGGAGGAGAAGAAGCAGCAGCCUCCCUCACCCUCACCCCCCAGGAGGGCGUCCUUUUCCGGAGAACUCCGGAGCAGGCCGACACCACCUGCAGUGGCAGCUCCGAGGCCGUGGUCGCCCACACCUCAGCCGUCUGCUGCUGCUGUAGGGGACCAAGGAGCAGAAGAUGCUGAAAGCCGCAACCGGUUCGAGCGGGCGCGCAUGUUCUUCCAGACGCUGGAGAAGUCGCAGGGCUCCAGCAGCAGAUCGGGCUCCCUGGACUCGGCUCCCCCCUUCGCGGAAUGCGACGACAACCUACCCAUCCAAAGGACCAAAGGACAUAACAGACGACGGCGGCGCAGCGGCGAUGGGGGCUCCGUGACGCCUGGUGGGGGCGUCCAAUGGGAGAUGGGCGGACCGCGCUGGCAGAGCCGCCUGGCGGAGAGGCCCGGAGGCAGCGAGCGACUGCCGCGAAAGGUGUCCGAGAGGUUCCAUGUCCGGGACCUGUUCCGCGAUGUGCUUGGUGAGGGCGGCGUGCGUGGCAUCCCGCACCAGCAGGCAGUGUUGGCAGCCCUGCGCAGUGUCGAGAGCGACGGCAGCCGGCCCGUCUCCCCCUACGAGGAGCUGGCCGCCAGCGGCGGAAUCAGCAGCCCCGAUCCGGACCCAUACCCAGACGCUGACUCAGAUCCAGAUCCAGAUCCAGUGCCGGAGUUGGACUGCCGGCGGGGCUGCAGCUCUCCGGAGCCGCAGGCGUACCUGUCCGAGUACCCGUACCUGCCGAAGACGCCGACCCGUCAGUUCCGACCGAGGCCGGCACUGCUACAGCCCACACUAAUACCACGCAGGGAGCUGCUCAAGACGGAGUGACUCUCCACCGGCACGGGACUCCUCAACAUGGGACAGUCGUUCACUAUGGGAACUCCUCAACAUGGAACAGCCACCCAAUGGGGGCUCCUCGACUCGGGACAGCCAUCCAGUAGGAGAUCUCCUCAACAUAGGGCAGUCCUCCACUGGGAAACCCCUCAACAUGGGACAACUAUCCACCAGAGCAUCUCCUCCACAUGGGACAGCUGUCCACUAGAAUAUCAACAUUAGACAAUUAUCCACUAGAGGAUCUCCUCAACAUGGACCAGUCCUUCACUGGGGAACUCGUGAGCAUGGGACAGCCAUCCACUAGAGGAUCUACUCAACAUAAAGCAGUCCUCCAGUGGAGAACCCCUCAACAUGGACAACUUUCCACUAGGGAUCUUCUCCACAUAGGACAACUGUCCACUAGAGGAUCUCCUCAACAUAUAGCAGCCCUCCAUUGGGGUACCCCACAACAGGAAUCCACUAGAGGUUCUCCUUAACAUGGUACAACUAUCCCUCAGACGACCUCUUCAAGAUAGAGCUGGCUACUCCAUGGCAUGUUGUGUGCACCACGACCAAAUAGUGGAUAGAACUGAAAGGAAAAUCAGUACUGGCCGUACUUUUGUUGUUUUAUUGUCAGCAAAAUCUAUUUUCGGUCACUCAGUGACCAUCCUCAGUGCUGUAAUAUGCAAUUGGUAGGCACUGCUAUCAGGCUAUAACCACAAGCUUAGAGCGAUCACAUAAACUGCUCACUUUAUGGUUAUAGCUUGAUACCAGUGCCUGCCAAUUUUAAUUGUAUAUUACAGCACUGAGGAUGUUCACUAAGUGACCAAAAAUCGAUUUUGCUGACAAUAAAACAACAAAAGUACGGCCAAUGCUGAUUUUCCUUCCAAUCCUAUAGAGUUGCCUUCCACUGGGGAACUCCUCAACAUCUGACAGCCAUGCACUACAGGAUCUUCUCAACAUAGGACACUUCUCAACAGGAAACAGUCUUCCACCAGGAGAACUCCUCAACUCUGGAUAGUCUUCCAACAGGGACCUGCUUGAGGCAGAGAGAUUGUCCACUAGAGAUCUUUUGAAGACUGAGUCACUGUCCUCUGAGGAACUCUUCAACACUGGACUGCCUUCCUCUAGAGAAAUUCCUCAAGAUAGAACAGCCCUCUCCUGUGGAUCUCCUCCACAUGGGACGAUUAUCCAAUCGCAAACUGCUUGAGGCAGUAUGAUUGACCACUGGACAGCAGUACAAAGUGGAGUAGCUGACCAAUGGAAAAUUGUUCGAGGGUGAGUAUGUCCAAUAGCGAUUUUUUUUUAAGACAGGGAAACCUAUCCAGCAAACUUAGCACAUAGUUAGUCACCACUGGACAACUUUUCGAAAUGUGGGACACCAGUAAUGGAGCAGACAAGCCAUAGCACAUACCAUAUUCGUAUUAUGCAGAAAACAGCCAAUGACAUACUAGCUUGGAAUUAGAAAAUUCACCAAGAUGGAAUGGCAGUCUGUUAAGAAUCUAGAAAUGAUGGCGUGAUUGUAGAAGAUAGGAUAAUUGUCCAACAGGGAACUGUUCAAGACCUAGUGACUGCCCCAAAAAAGAACUGUUGAAAAUGGAGUGAUUCUCUGAGAGACAACUCCCCAACACACAGUGACUUUCCAAUGGUGAAUUAUUCAAAAUAGUGCAACUUUCCAUUAGUGAUUGGCUAGAGACUCAACUGUUAUUGAAUGAACUUCUCCAUGUGGAAUGAUUUUGUAUUAGUGAAUUCCUCAAGGUAGGACGACUGUCAAAUAGAGAACUGUUGAAGGCAGUGUGGGUGUCAAAAAUGGAACUGCUUGAUACAAAGUGACUUCCGAGAAGUGCUGAAGGUGGACUUUUGAAGUAUGCAGAGCUCCUUAAGAUAGAGUGAUAGUCCGUUAGACCACCGCUCAAGAUAUAGUGACUGUGAAAUUGAGAUCUGCGAGAACUGUUGACUGAAGAAAUGCUCAAGGUGGAGUGAUUCUCUGGUAGAGAACUUGUAAAUGCUCCAGAUGAACUGACACUCCAUUAGUGAACUGCUUAUGGAAGAGAAACUUGGCAGUACAGCAGGGUUCAUGAAGAAGAAUGAUUUCGUAUGGUAUAGCAUCAGCUUGUUGUUGUACAUAAGGACAGCUGGAAGCCUACAUGUAACUGUUUGAAGCUUUUUUUAAAUAAACUUGGAUAUUACCAUUGUUCACAAUUUAAUA